GGCGCGCGGCGGGGGGUGGUUGCGCUGCGCGCCCGCCCGAAUGGACGCCGCCGCGGCCGCCAUGCAGCUGACGGUGAAGGCGCUGCAGGGCCGCGAGUGCAGCCUGCAGGUGCCGGAGGACGAGCUGGUGUCCACGCUGAAGCAGCUGGUCUCAGAGAAGCUGAACGUCCCCGUGCGCCAGCAGCGGCUGCUCUUCAAGGGCAAGGCCCUGGCAGAUGGGAAACGACUCUCGGAUUAUAGCAUCGGGCCCAACUCCAAGCUCAACCUAGUGGUCAAACCCCUGGAGAAGGUGCUACUAGAAGGCACUGGCCGGAGACUGGCCGACUCCCCACCCCCACAUGUCUGGCAGCUGAUCUCCAAAGUCUUGGCCCGUCACUUCAGCGCGGCAGAUGCCAGCAGGGUCCUGGAACAGCUACAGAGGGAUUACGAGAGGUCCCUGAGCCGACUGACGCUGGACGACAUCGAACGGUUGGCCAGCCGCUUCCUGCACCCAGAAGUGACUGAGACGAUGGAGAAGGGUUUCUCCAAAUAGCAUUCUCAGAGUAUGGGGAGGUGCCCAACGCCAGUCCGCGGCUGAACGUCACACAACGUGUGUUCUCCUGCUGUAGUUGGGCUCAUAAUAAUAGCUGCCAGGUACCUGGCUCUGGCUGGGUGCUAGGCACCACUCACAGCCUGACCUGGGUUUGCUUCCACACCCUUGGAAGAGGUGAGCCAGCACAGCGGAGGUGAUGCAGUGGCAGAGCCCCAGUUGGAGUCCAGCAGCCUCUGAAAGUGCCUUGAUGUGACAAGGAGGAAGGGGCUGCCUGGAGAGCUGAGCUCUCGUGUCAUAUUUAGCCCACUGAGAAUAUACACUCAAGCAACUCCCUCCCAAGCCUGAAAGGGGAAGCAGCUGUCACCUGACCUCUGGCGGGUCCAGCAUAACCCUCAGCUCACCGCUGCAGGAGGCCAAGUUGCAGCCAGCCCUGGCUCCCCCAGCUGCUACAGCCAGUGUGCGUUCUACAAAUGGAAAAGCAGGUUGGGGUCAGGGAGUGAGAAAGUCACCCCAGUUCUCUGAUGUGACUUCGGGCAAGUCUCAGUGCCACUUUGCUCCCCAGCCACAGACUCUAUACAGUGAGGGCCACUUCCCGAUCUGAGUCAGUGUCCGCUGCCCUUACCCCAGCCCAGGGUGGGGAGUGUUAACAGUGCUCUUCUCCCUUCUGUUCAGUAAACAAACUGAAGCCAAAAACAAAGCGUGGCCAAGUGUGACCCAGAGAUGGGUGGCCUGGCCUUUGGUGACACAGCUCUUCUCUGGGGCACCCUGUCUGCUUGUCUCCUCCUCCAGGAAGCAUUAGGGCUGAUGGGUGACUCAGCAAGGCAGUGUCAGAGCUGGGACUGGUGGAGGCGUUCAUCCUCAUCCCCAGCACUUGCCUCCGUGUGGAAGACGAACACAUCCCAGCCACCUGUGCAGACGGGCUCACUUCGUAUGCUCCUUUUUGCCUGAGAGGAAACCUUGGGGUGCCAAGGUGGGGGCAGAAGCAUGGGCUGGGUUCCACUUCCUCCUCCACCCUGCCCUGCACGUGGGCACUAGAGGACAUUGAAGCACCUGCUCCUUGGAGGAGGCCC